AUGACCCGGCGCGAUCGGCUCAUGAAGGGAAGACCCCAGAGGCAGCCUGAAGCCGGCACUGAUUCCCGGCCGGUAUCUGCAGUUUUCUCCGGACGCCUCGAGCCAUAUAGUUCCAAGAACGAGCUUCCAGAUGUUUUGUGUUUCAGCAUCCUCUGGCCUCCACCAGCUUGGCUGCUGGCAAGGUUAUAUUCUCACCCGACCAACCCUUGUCCUCAUGCUGGAAAGGGGGAAAAGCCCUGCGUGAGCAAUAGCAAGAACGGAGUGGGGAGCAACCCGCUGAGUAGCAGUGUCACAGAUUCUCAGGCCUUGAAAGAGAACACCAAAUCACCUUCGCCCUCGACUCUGUCUUCCCCACCCGCCACGGAGUCUCCCAAGCCACCCCGUCCCCGCCGGCGGCGGCCUCCCGCUGUCUUGCCUUCCGAUCGUCCCUAUCAAUGCAAAGACUGUGGCAAGCGCUUUGUCUACCGCUCCAAACUGGCCACCCACCAAUGGACUCAUUGCGCCGAGCGCCCCUAUAAAUGCCCCGACUGCCCCAAGAGUUUUAGCUAUCCGUCCAAGUUGGCCGCCCACCGACGUACGCACACUGGGGAGCGCCCCUUCCCCUGCUCUCUGUGCCCCAAGCGCUUCGGACAUCGCUCCAAGCUGGCCGCCCACCAGUGGAUUCACACGCCGGAGCGCCCGUAUAAAUGUGCCGAUUGCCCCAAGAGCUUCUGCUAUCCUUCCAAGCUGGCUGCCCACCGCCGCACGCACACGGGGCAGCGGCCGUACCCCUGCAGCCGCUGCGGGAAGAGUUUUUGCUACCCUUCCAAACUGGCUGCUCAUCAACAGAUCCACGCGGCCACCGCAGCGGGGCGGCCUUACCCGUGUAUGCGCUGCAGCAAGAGCUUCCGGCAGCUGCGCAACCUCACCCUUCACCAACGGGUGCACGAGGAUGGAGAAGCAGGCGAUGACUUAGCCCAGGACAAAAGCCACAGCAGUGGAGACAGGCCCUAAGUUGGAACCGCUGGGCUCUGCGAGGGCGCAGGGAGAAACUUGGAUAAUUUGAAAACUUGGUAGCUGUGGGAUCGUUGUAAAUAAUGGAAAGUUAUGGUGGAGCUCAGGGUUGCACCGUAACCUCCAGCAACCCAUAACUUCUCUGUUCUCGGCUUUGAUGGCAAAACUGCCGCAGGACAGGCUCCCCCUCAAGAGGCCAAGUUGUGCACGCCAUGCUGAACGCUGUUCUGGUAACCUUGUUUCUGCAGUGACCGAUGGCCUAUUCUACCACCUGGUUUAAGUUAUGCAGACUUCUGCACCUUCGCGAUUUGUUUUGCUUCAGUUUUAACCUUCCGGUUCGCACCAGACACAAUCCUGGUCCCUCCAUUGUCCACGUCAGUUCCGUGCCAACAAAACAAAAAAAACCCCACCAUUGAGAUUCCCACACUAAUUGCAUUUAGAGAAUGCCUGCACCAGAGCAGAACCUGUUGUGUGUUUUGCACAAAAGGAGAAAUCUCUGUCUGUGGCCGUGUAUAGUUUUGUUUUAUGCUCAACUGGUGCAUGCUUGUGUCAGAAUGUGGAACUCAGCAUACCUGUCAUCCAAGGGUCUAUAACUUGUAUCUUCACUGUGCAUUAUACAGGGGGCUACGUUGCAGCUGCCUUGACCAGUCAACCUUUUGGCCGUGGAAAUCGGGAGGUUUAAUAUGCAUGAACUGAGCACAUCAUAUUGGACAGGAGUUGUGUCUACUUUAAAGAAGAAAUCUCUUUGAUUUUUUUUGUUUUACAAAACAAAAGCGGAGUCUGACAACGUGUCAAUUGGUGAAAUCCACCAGUGGGAUCACUUAAGGCACAAAUCCCAGGAAAGAGUAGGCAACAUUUAUGUUUUAAAGGGGUUGUAGAAGCAAGAAAAAUCGGCAAAUUCACGCCACCGUCUAGGUUUGUCGUUUACACGUUGCAUCAAAAGAUGCCUCAGGCCACUUCAGGAUUAGUGUGGGUAGUGUAUUAAGGGUGAAGCAAAUGCAUCGGUAGCACGAAUAGAAAGCAGAUUUUACACAUGAAUUUCUCGGGCUAAAAGGGACUGUAUAAUUUUAUUUUCACCAUGUACUACACACAAUUUUAUAGCCUGCUUCCUUGUUAACUCCUAUGUGUUUGGUUUACUUGUACCACAUGCCUAAAGACACCGAAAGUUUC